GAGUUAAUGAUCUGCUGAUGUUUCAGAGUGAGGCUUCAGCACCUCACAAGCUCAGACUUCUUGCCUCAAUAAACAGGUCACCAGACACGAUCUCUGCAGGUCUGUAAUGCUAGCUGGGUGGUGGUGUGUCCUCCUGCUGUUGUUAGGGUGGCAGUGUGGUGGAGCAGUGAAGGACCUGCGGCCUGAUGUGUCUGACCAGGAGCUGUUCUGGGGGACAGAUCAAUAUGACUUUGCCAUCGUGCUCCCUGCCUCAGGCCUCGAGUGCUUCUGGCAUUUUGCUCACCAAGGAGAACGCUUCUACCUCGACUUUAUGGUUCAGUGGGUGACCGGAGUGGCCAAUGACAGGCAUCUCUCGGUGACUGUCAAUGCUCCAAGUGGCCUUAUCGUGGGCUCGGCCGAUGAUGCUAAGGGUCAGAUUGCCUUUAAUGCUGGAGAGACUGGUUUCUAUCAGAUGUGCUUUAGCAACUUCCACAAUCGCUUUGGCAGCAUGCAGAUUUUCUUGAACUUUGGUGUGUACUAUGAAGAUUCAGAUGAUGUCAAAAACCAAAAAGAGGAAGAGGAGAUUAAGAAAGAGCAGGAUAGGAAGCACUUGAAUGACACGCUCACUACUAUUGAAGAAAGCUCCUCCCGCGUGCAGGGCUUUGUCUUCCACAUGUGGCGUUACUAUAACUUUGAGCGAAUGAGGAGAGGGGCAGAUUACUACCUGCUCCAGUCCAACUCCAACUACGUCAGCACCUGGUCAGUUGUCCAGAGCUUCGUCAUCAUCAUGGCCGGAUAUCUGCAGCUCUUCUUCCUCAAGAAGCUUUUUGACACCAAAACCACCACAGAGACGGACAAACCCCGCUGCUGAUCUGACCCUUAACACCUUCUCAUUGUCUCUUUUCCUGUCUGUUUCUUCUCAUAAAGCUUAAAGCCAUCUCUGAAUAAAGCUUAUAG